UUAGUAUCCAGUUUUACGACAAAGCUCGAGUAAAGCUGACCUACAUCGUGCUCUUUAAAAUUAAAAAAAAAAGUGUAAAAUGGCUGAGGUACAUCAAGUUGUAGUAGUAACAGAAAGAAUAAAGGUUAAACCUAAAAAUUCACGCGAGAUCAUUUUAAAAAAGUGCUGUUGCGUGGUACCAUUGCGGACUGGAUGCCUCAUUCUCGCUUAUUUGUACCUGAUUUUCACCGUCGGGAUCGGAUUUGUUUAUAUUAAGGAACUAGUUAGCCUGGUGGUUAAUACUAUUAUUCCGAAAGCUCCGGAAGAUUAUCCUCGUUUUACCAUUGGACUUUUGGUGUUUUACUCUAUAUCCAUGGCUUUAGCUCUAAUUGCAAUACCAUUUAACAUACAUCUCAUCAGUGGACUGCACAGCGAAAGAAGGAGCUUCUUGGUGAUCUACGUCAAAUUUCAGUUAACGAACUUUACGCUAAGUAUAUUUGUCGAUGUUGUUACAAUGGCAAUGGGGAAUUAUUGGAGCCCCGCCGGCGCUGUUGUUACCAUGAUAGCUUAUUUUUGGUACAACUUAUAUUAUCUGAUCGUAGUGAAGAGUCUGUACCUAAAAAUGGGUGAAGCUGCCAACAACCUGCCUGGGCAAAGAGGACAUGACGUAGCAGUCGCAACAUAAGUUUAAGAACCUUCAAUAAAUAUAAUAAUUAUAUUAGGCUAGAGGAAAAAUGAAAACUUUGAAUAAAAUUACUCGUAAUAUGAAAAUGAGGCUUCUUCGUCCGCUCUACCUAUGAGUAGUCCGCUUUCUUUCAUUUCCUGCCCGAUUUGCCUGGUCUGGUCUCUAUAAUACGAUAUAUAUUUAUCACAAGCAAUUCCUGAAUAUACACAUUUUAGGAGUUCAGUGGCUUUAGAUCUGACCUGCUUUAAGCCCUGCAGCAUCAGGAUUGAAGAGUUGGGAGCCGAAGUUCAAUGAUGCAGUGACCUACAAUAAUAUUUUACCAUAAUCUUGAAUCCUCACAGUUUAUGAGUGCUACUCUGCCUCACGUUACGGUCUAAUCAUAUUAUAGUGGUUUGUGCAGUUGAAACUUGAAGUUCAAUCAUGAAGUCGUUGCGUGGUACUUACAAAAUCUACUCCCGUGAAACGCUUUUCCUCGACACUUCUGAUACGAACCGCUAAGGCGUGGAAUGCCCUUCGGGCAUCCGUGUUUCCUGCAACCCUGUAUAAACUAAAUAGGUACCUUCAAGGCAAGAGUGAAUACGUAUCUUCUAGGCAUACGAGUU